AUGGAUGUGAUGGGUAAUUUUGUACCAGUGGCGGUGUCUUUUGGUGCUGAGCUGGACGAUCACAAGGGCGGACACUAUUCGAUCGUCGGGGCUAAAAUUAUAAGACCCAACUCCGAGUAUCGGGUGGUGGUCACGACGUUCGAUGUAAUCGAAACGGUCCAGUUUCGUGUAUCGAUAGCUGCACAGGAUAACAUUUUGGCCACCGAGAACCUCACGCUGAGUAACAAUGAGUCACGUGUGAUAAGCUUAUCGAUUGGCAACAUUCCCGUCAAAAGGUACGAGCUGGUGGCAGAGGGAUUGUCUGGCAUUGUGUUCAAGAAGAAAGUGGACUUGCAGUACGAUAACAAGUUCUGCUCUGUGCUGAUUCAAACUGAUAAAUCGGUGUACAAACCGGGAGAUACCGUCCGUUACCGGGUGUUGCUUCUCGACCGCAACAUGAAGCCCUCCUUGAACGAAAGCAGCAUGAUGAUUUACAUUACCGAUGGCCAAAGCAAUCGGAUCAAACAGUGGACCAACGUAGACCUAGGGGACGCUGGAGUUUUUGAAGGCGAACUACCACUUUCCACCGAACCCGUACUUGGCACGUGGAAUAUUAAUGUCGAAGUGCUGGGAGUGAAACAAUUGAAACCAUUUGAUGUGGACGAGUACGUUCUACCGACGUUCGAGGUUACGGUAAAAUCUUCUGGCUACACAACCGUAGAGGACGAAUCUCUGCUGGUGACGGUCAAUGCAAAGUACACCUACGGUAAACCGGUGGCCGGAGAGCUGACCGUCACUGUAAAGGCACAACAGCAGCAUCAUCUUUUUGGGGACCGUACUCCAGCAAACCUUUGCCAGAAAGUGGUACAGACCGAUGGCAAGUCGGUGGUAGAGUUUCAUCUCAGGGAUGAAUUGAAAUUGGAGACAAUGCACAUUCGAGACUUUCUGGUGGAAGCAGAGGUACGCGAACUGUUGACCGGGCGGACUCUGCGUGGCUCGACCGACGUAAAAAUUCACGAAGAUCGCUAUACGGUUACCAUGGUGGAAGAAAAGAAAUACGUUCCGGGACUGCCUUAUCAUGCUUGGCUUAAGGUGUCGAAUCUCGAUGGUAGCCCGGUGCAGGAGUCGUCCAUCAUUGUGUUGGUAAGAAACGGUUCGAAAGUGCAACUCAAAAACUACUCCUUGGACGCGAGUGGUUCGAUUAGUCUGGACCUGAACUUGGACAGAAUGAAUUUUAAUUACCUACGCAUUGAGGCACUGUACUGCGGCAAGUCGUACGAGUUGCAGGGCAUUCAAAAGCCGUUCGAAGAUAAGGAGGCUCAUUUGAGAGUAGGCGCCAAGGACAAGGAGCCGUCUGCCGGGAAAGAAAUGGAGCUAGAAGUUUGCUGCACAAAGCCCCUGAAAUACGUUGCGUAUGCUGUCUUGUCCCGUGGAUCCCUACUCCAUGGAGGCGUGGUGCAUGCCUUGGACAGCCAGAAGACUGCCAAGAUUAAUCUACCAUCCAUGUGCGCGAUGGUACCCCGAACGAAAGUGGUAGUUCACUACGUGAGCAACGCCGGGAGCGUUAUCAGUGACAAUGCGACUGUAGAGUUUCGUAAUGUUUUCGAAAACCACAUACAAGUCGGUCUCUCCCAUGAAACCGUCAAACCCGGGGACGCGAUCGACAUCAGUGUGAAGGCGAAGGAAGAUUCGUUCGUCGGUUUACUUGCCGUUGACCAAAGCGUGCUCUUGCUUAAGUCGGGCAACGAUAUUACCAAGCAGUGUUUCACCAAGGAAUUGGAAGCGUACGACACGUCCUCCUCGGAAUCCUCGGACCGUCCAUACCGGCGUUAUUAUGAUAGACAGAGUUUUCCGGACUUUGAGGAUGUUGGUGCCGUCUUCAUAUCGAAUCCUCUAGUUCCUAAAGCAUCACCAAACGCAAUGGCGUGUGGCCAACUGUUUGGAUGCGCUGCGCCAGCAGGUAUGGCUUUCGGCGCUCCUCCAAUGAUGCAAAUGCGCAAGAUGGCAUGCGAUAUGCAGAUGGAAUCGGCACACAUAGCAUUACCGGAAAAGGAGCCCACAAUCAGAUCAAACUUUCCCGAAACAUGGAUCUGGGAGAGCGUACAGAAAUGCAAGGGUGAGGGUGAACUGAUCAGGAAGAUCGUUCCGGACACCGUGACCUCGUGGAUCAUUUCCGGGUUUUCGCUCAGCAAAGCCUAUGGUCUCGGUUUAAUGGAGGCGCCUGUAAAGAUGAGCGUGUUUCUGCCGUUUUUCAUUUCGAUCGAUCUUCCGUACUCGGUCAAACACGGCGAAACCGUUCGCAUUCCCGUGGUCGUGUUCAACUAUCUGAACGAGGAUCAAACGGCGGAUGUCAUUUUCUUCAACAAGGAUCAAGAAUUUGAGUUCGUGCCGGACGAUUCGGAGUCGCGCAUACACGAAGAACAUCAUCGUCGCAUGCAGGUGGCGUUGCCAAAGGAUGGUGGCAAAACGCUAUCGUUCACGGUCAAACCGAAGAAGGUGGGACACAUUACGCUGAAGAUCACGGCUACGUGCGCCCUCGCGGGUGACGGCAUCGAAAGGGAGCUACUAGUCGAACCGGAAGGAGUGCCCCAGUACAUCAACAAGGCCCGCCUGAUCGAUCUCCGGUCGGAAAGCAGCGUGGCGCAAACGUUCGACAUCGAUAUUCCGAACAACGCCGUGCCGAACUCCACCAAAGUGGAAGUGUCCGUGAUCGGUGACGUGCUGGGAUCGUCGAUCGAGAACUUGGACUCACUGAUUCGCAUGCCGUUCGGCUGUGGAGAGCAAAACAUGCUGAACUUUGUGCCGUGCAUCGUCGUGUUGGAUUACCUGAUCGCGUGCAGGCGGCUGACGUCGGAGCUGGAGGGAAAGGCAAAGAAGUGCAUGGAAGUCGGCUACCAGCGGGAACUGACGUACAAACACGCGGAUGGAUCGUUCAGUGCCUUUGGUCAGUCCGAUGAGCGCGGUAGCACCUGGUUGACGGCGUUCGUGGCCAAAUCGUUUCUGCAGGCGGCCAAGUAUAUCGGCGUUGAAAUGCCGAUCGUAGAGAGUGCACUGGAGUGGCUCAGCAAGGUACAGACGGCUGACGGAGCUUUCCCCGAGGUCGGAACCAUCUGCCACAAGGACAUGCAGGGUGGUGCCGCCGGCGGAUUGGCCCUGACGGCCUAUACCGUCCUGGCAUUCCUCGAGAACCGUCAGCUAGCGGCGAAAUACGCAUCCACCGUGGACAAAGCUUUCACGUACAUUGGGCAACAAGUUGAAAAAGAGUGUGACGUCUACUCGUACGCUCUCGUGGCUUAUGCCCUGCAGCUUGCUGAUCACAAGCUAAAGGACGGCGUCAUGCAGAAACUCGAAAGUUGUGCGACCGCCGAAGGGGAUAUGAAGUGGUGGAGCAAGCCAGUCCCGAAACAGGACUCGAAUAAGGUGCUAGAGUGCUGCUGGAAUCGUCCCUGUUCGGUGAACGUCGAGAUGAGCGCCUAUGCACUGUUGGCGUCGCUGGUAACGUCCUCCGGGUUGGAGGGUUUGCCCAUCAUGAAGUGGUUGAUUUCGCAGCGCAACGACAAGGGUGGAUUCCAGUCGACCCAGGACACCGUGGUUGGGCUCGAGGCCCUGGCCAAAAUGGCUGCCAAGGUUUCCUCGUCAGAGUCCAACGUGACGGUCACGGUGAAGGCAGCCGACGAUGUAGAGCGAAGCCUUACCGUGAACCAGGAGAAUGCGCUAGUGCUGCAGAAGCACCAGCUUCCGGAAACGGUCAGUUCGGUUGCGAUGACGGCCAACGGAACGGGAUGUGCUCUCUUCCAGCUGUCGUACAAGUACAACAUUAAGGAUGUCGACAGCAGUCCGCGUUUCACGUUGGUGCCAUCGGCUCGAAAGGGAAAACUGGAAAGCUGCAUCGAUCUAUCAGUGCGGACCAGCUUUGUACCGACCGCAGACCAACCGGUGUCCAAUAUGGCCGUCAUGGAGGUGGACAUGCCGAGUGGAUUCGUCGUGGAGAAGGAUUCGUUAAAAACCCUUAAGGAAGGCACAGUGGUUAAGAAAAUCGAAACCAAGCGCGGCGAUACAACGGUGGUGCUGUAUUUCGACAACAUAGGGGUUACUUGUGUCGAGGUCGCACUGGCCGCUUUCCGUAAACACGAGGUGACUAACGCGAAGCCUGCCAACGUUAUUAUCUACGAUUAUUACGACAACACUCGCUGCGCCAGAUCAUUCUACGAAUGUUCGACCGGCAGCGGAAGUUCGGUCGCCAAGAUGCGACUCCGAACGACCCCGACGAGGGUCCUGCGACCAUCGUUGUUGUUCCUUGCGCUGGUUUGCUUCAUAACCGGUUCACAGGCCACCGCUACAGGCCAUUACACGGUCGUUGGAGCGAAGCUGCUGCGGCCAAACUCGGAGUACCACGUUUCGGUGACCAACCAGGACGUGGCGGAGCCGGUCCGCUUCAGUAUCGCCAUCACUACCGAAGAUAGCCUUAUCGAGAAGCAAGAAAUAACCUUAAACAGGGGCGAAACUCGCCUGGUACCGUUCGCUAUCGGUGAUAUCGCCGAGGGAUCGUAUAAGCUGGUGGCGGAGGGGUUAUCGGGACUAACCUUCAAAAACGAAACGAGCCUGGAGUUCCAGCCCAAAGGUUUCUCGGUGUUCGUGCAAACGGACAAAUCAAUCUACAAACCGGGCGAUACGGUGCGGUUCCGUGUGCUGGUGCUGGACCCCAACACGAAGCCCCUGGCGAAAGCGGACCGCGUCGUGGUCUACAUCGAGGACGGCAAGGGUAAUCGCAUCAAGCACUGGAAGGAUGGCAUGCUAAUCAAGGGAGUGUUCGAAUCAGAGCUGACCCUCUCCACGGCGCCGGUUCUUGGUGCCUGGACCAUCUACGUCGAUGCCUUGGGAAAGAUACACCGUAAAGUGUUCGAGGUGGACGAGUACGUGCUGCCCAAGUUCGAGGUGACGAUCGAAUCACCCGGCAUAACGACGUUCAAGGAUGGCAAGGUGAAGGCGAUCGUCCGGUCGAAAUACACGUAUGGGAAGCCGGUGAAGGGCGAGGCCACCAUAUCGGUGCGACCCGAGUUUGGCUUCCACUAUGUGCAACCGUUCGAGAAGGAUGUGAUCACGCGCAAGGUGAUCCCGAUCGAUGGCAAGGGAUCGGCCGAGUUCGAUCUGCGCCAGGAGCUGCGGUUGGAGGGUGACUACACCCGGAACGUCAUCAUCGAUGCCGUCGUCGAGGAGGAGCUUACGGGGCGAAAGCAGAACGCCACCACCAAGGUGACCGUGCACGAUCGUCGGUACAAGUUGGAGGUGGUCAAAUCGGAUGACAACUUCAAGCCGGGUCUGCCGUACACGGCGUGGCUGAAGGUAUCGUUCCAGGACGGUAGUCCGGUGCAGGACACAGCCAACCAGGUCGAGGUGGAACAAACCACAUACGAAUCAACGCCGAUAAAGCGAAACUAUACGCUUAAUGCGAACGGAAUGGCCAAGCUGGUGGUCGACACCGAUGUCAACGGAACCUACAUUAACCUGAGGGCCACCUAUCUUGGCCACGACUUUUACUUGAGCGGCAUUUCGAAAGCGGACUCUGAGGUGGAUUCAUACAUUCGGGCCAGGGUUCUAACGGAAUUGCCGACGGUUGGUAAGGAUGUGGUCGUAGAGGUGGCCGCUACUGCACCGAUGAAGUUUUUCACCUACCAAUUGCUGGGACGGGGUGAUGUACUUCUCAGCAACACGGUGGCGGUGCCGGAAACCACACUGCAUACGUUCAAGUUUCCUGCCAUCUUCGCGAUGGUACCGCGCGCCAAGCUGGUCGUUUACUAUAUUGCCCCCAACGGUGACAUGGUGAGCGACAGCAAGGUGAUCCAGUUCGACAGUGAGCUUCAGAACUUUAUGAAGGUGACACUUUCGAAGGAGCAAACGAAACCCGGCCAGGACGUGGAGAUCACUGUCAGCACGAACCCCGACUCGUACGUGGGGCUGCUGGGAGUUGACCAGAGUGUGCUGCUGCUGAAGAGUGGAAACGAUAUUACGAAGGAGGACGUGUUUAGCGAGCUCGAGAAGUACGAGGAACGCUCGUACGGUUACUACCGCCGCAAGAGGAGUUUCUCGUGGCGCCCUUACGGUGAACAUCGAGAUUUUUCGAGCGUCGGUGCAUUUGUCUUAUCAAACGCCAACGAUCCCCCACCGAAUAAUACGUUGCUAGAGCCACCGAUUUAUAAGUUCCAUCGCGCCCCGAAUGGGACCGUGCUGUACACCUCCAUCGAAAAGCCCCGUGCGCUGCAGAAGCAUGUGCUGGUAACGAACACGCGGCCACCGUUGGCUGGCCCGUUCGCGUUCAGCCGACUGCCGCGGCCACACCGUGACAUCCCGCGCCUUUUCCUGUCGCAGGAAAUUCAAAACACGUGGCUAUUUGAUAAUACCUACUCCGGCUUCAGCGGUGAAAAAACACUCCAAAAGAAAGUGCCCGACACUAUCACCUCGUGGAUCAUCACGGGCUUCUCGGUGAACCCGAUUUACGGGCUCGGGCUGACGCAGAAGCCACGCAAACUGAACGUUUUUCUGCCCUUCUUCGUAUCCACCAACUUGCCGUACUCGGUCAAGCGCGGCGAGGUGGUGGCCAUUCCGAUCGUGGUCUUCAACUACCUUGAUGAGGACCUGACGGCCGACGUGGUGCUGGAAAACAGCGAGCAGGAGUUUGAGUUUGCCGACGUCGAGAAUGAAGUCGUCGAACCGUCCAAGCUGGAGCUGUUCCGUCAAAAGCGGCUAGCGAUCCCUUCCAACACUGGCAUGUCGGUGUCGUUUAUGGUGAAGCCGAAAAAGCUGGGUCACAUCACGAUCAAGGUGAAGGCAACAUCGACGGUCGCAGGAGAUGCCGUUGAGCGCCAGCUGCUGGUCGAACCGGAAGGUCUGCCGCAGUACAUCAACAAGGCCGCCUUUGUCGAUCUGCGGGCCACAAAGGAGGCAACGAAGAACUUCACGGUAGAGAUUCCGAAGAAUGCCGUCCCAGACUCGACGCGCAUCGAAAUAGCCGUCAUCGGGGAUGUGCUCGGUUCGACGAUCCAGAAUCUUGACUCGCUGAUCCGUAUGCCGUACGGGUGCGGCGAGCAGAACAUGCUUAACUUUGUGCCGAAUAUCGUGGUUCUAGACUACCUGACGGCAACCAACAAGCUGACGGCUAGCGUUGAGGCCAAGGCAAAGAAGUUCAUGGAGGCCGGGUACCAGCGGGAAUUGAGCUACAAGCACAAGGAUGGUUCGUUCAGUGCGUUCGGCGAAAGCGACAAGAGUGGCAGCACCUGGCUGACGGCUUUCGUGGCUCGAUCGUUCAAGCAGGCGGCCAAGCACAUCACGGUCGACGAAGCGGUGAUCGACAAAUCGCUCGAAUGGCUGAGUGACCACCAGGCCCCGAACGGUAGCUUCCCGGAGGUGGGUGUCGUAUCGCACAAGGAUAUGCAGGGAGGCUCGGGCGGCGGCGUAGCAUUGACGGCGUACACCCUGAUUGCGUUCCUCGAGAACAUCAAUCUGGUGGACAAGUACAAGAACACCAUCAACAAAGCGAUCGAUUACGUCUACCGCAAUACGGAGUCGCUGGACGAUACGUACGCCCUGGCGUUGGCUGCCUACGCCCUACAGCUGGCCGACCACUCGUCAAAGGGUUAUAUUCUUUCCAAACUGGACACCAAGGCCACCACCGACAGUGACUCGAAAUGGUGGCACAAACCUGUGCCAGAGUCGGACACGAAGAAUCCCUGGAACAGCCGACCGAACUCGGUGAAUGUCGAGAUGUCGGCGUACGGAAUGCUGGCCUUCAUCGAGGCCGGGCUCGAUACGGACGCCCUGCCCGUCAUGAAGUGGUUGAUCGGGCAGCGGAACGAUAAGGGUGGAUUCCAGUCGACCCAGGACACGGUCGUGGGACUGCAGGCUCUCGCCAAGAUGGCGGCCAAGAUUUCGUCAGCCAACAAUGACGUCGCGAUCGUGGCGAAGAUCAACGAGAACCAGGAAAAGAGGAUGAAUGUGAACGCGGACAAUGGUAUGAUUUUGCAGAAGCUCGAGCUACCGUCGGCAACCCGCCACAUCGAGCUGAAGGCCACCGGUACCGGGUUUGCCAUCGUGCAGCUGGCGUAUAAGUACAACAUGAAUGUGACGGGCGAGUGGCCCCGGUUCGUGCUGGAUCCGCAGGUGAACGCCAACUCGAACCCGGACCAUCUGCACCUCUCGGUGUGCACCAGCUUCGUACCAUCGGCCGGCCAGAACGUGUCCAACAUGGCGGUGAUGGAGGUUGGCUUUCCCAGUGGCUUCACGGCGGACUCCGACACGUUACCCUCGCUAGAGAACAUGCCCUUCAUCAAGAAAGUGGAAACCAAAGAUGGGGACACGACGGUGGUGCUGUACUUUGACAGCCUGGAUCAGCGCGAACUUUGCCCCACGAUCUCCGCCUUCCGGACACACAAAGUCGCCAAGCAGAAGCCGGCUCCGGUCGUAAUCUACGAUUACUACGAUAACUCUCGUAUCGCUCGCCAGUUCUACGAAGGGCCGAAGGCUUCGCUGUGCGACAUUUGCGAAAAGGAAGACUGCGGUGAUGCCUGCUCGAUCCGAUCGCAGAAACAACGCUCGCCGGCAGAUGCGGCCGCCCUCAACAACACGAUGGGCCACGAGUGGCACAAGAGUGCGGCCUCUUCGUUGCCUGCUAGCGUCGUAACGUUCCUGUUGGCCGCGGUGAUCGUGGGUCUGGUGCAGUAACCGGGGAAAAAGGCCAACCCGGUUACACAGACAUGGCGCUGCAGUACGUGGCGUCGAAAGUUACCACCUGUGAAUGGAGUGGUUUGGCAUAAGACAUAAGAUGGAGCCCGGAAGAGGGUAUGGAUCGUGAAAUAAACUACACCUAACAACGAAUGGGAACAAUACAAUAAAUGUUCGAAUAAAUAAAAAAAUACACAAA